CCUACAACAUCAUAUGGGGUAAUCGUAAAGGCUUUGCUCAGGUUGCAAUUGAUGCAAAAGUGAUUGUCUGUCAGAAAAAGAAAUUGUAGUACCUUUGACAAGGUGGUAUUCUUUUUCCAGGCCAGUUAGUUGAGUACUGCCAGUACUUGCACAUUUCAGUUUUUUUGUAUAUUCAUUGCUGCCACAUAAGGAGACCAGUCUGCAGUCUUAGCUUGCCUGUUCAUCUUGCAAAUACAGACUGUUGAUUAAAAAGGAAAAGAUGAUGGAUGACUCAUUCUAACCCAAGACCAGUAUUGGAAGAAGAGUGGAAAUUUUUUUUUACUUUUUAAUUGCAAAGUUAAAUGCAUUGAGCUCUAGUCUCUCCUUUACAUAUAUGUAUGUAACUCCUAGAAAUGAGGAAGCUCAGUCACAGAGAGAUGAAGGGAUGGAGGGAUCGGGUCACACAGCAAGGCAGAAGCAGAGCAGAGCACUCAGUUCAGGACUGCAGGCAACGGUGCUGUUGCCCUCCCUGACUGCGUUCACACCUAUUAUUCCUAUGUUUACACAAAAUAUUCGAGAAGGAUUUAGAUCACUUGGAGGAACAAGGUUAUUUAGGUGGCUUUAUGAAAAAUUCCGCUAUCCGUUUGCUCCAAUGUAUGGAGGUUUUCCAGUGAAGUUACGCACCUAUUUAGGUGAUCCCAUUCCGUAUGAUCCAAAGAUAACAGCAGAAGAAUUAGCCGAAAAGGCGAAGAAUGCUGUUCAAGCUUUGAUUGAUGAGCACCAAAGAAUACCAGGAAACAUCAUGAGUGCUCUGUUAGAACGUUUUCAUAAAAAACAAAAGAUCAACUAGAAGAUGAUUUAAUACAUUUAUAUUAAUAUGUUUGUGUCUCUAGUACUGUCUUCUAAAUUUUGUAGGUACUAUAAUAAGUAUUUUUUAAAAAAUCAUGUUAAUAAGCAUCUUUUACUGAACUUGCUUAAAAUUGUGUUGUCAAUUUUGUGUUUGCAAUCAAAUGUGUCAAAUUUAAACAAUAACUCAUUACAUGCGUAUUAAUUCAGGAAAUGGUCAUGUUUCUUUUUAUAAAUUCCUAAUGUAUGAUAAACAUUUAGAUUCUAAAGUUAAGUUUAUUAAUAACAGCAGUUUAUGUUAAACAAACAUUUCUAAAUAAUGUAUCUAAUUUCUGUAUCUGUUGCCCUGAGCUAAUUUUGUGAGAUGGCAUAACCUAGGGUUUAGUACAGAUGCUUAAGUUAGAAAAGAAAAUGCUCUUUUAUCUUCCUUUCAUGAUCUUGGGGAAAUCAUGCAAUGCUUUUGUGCAUCAACAAUUCACUUUUUUAAAAACCUGUUAAUACUAUGGUAAGGAAUAUUAUUUUAAAUUCUUUGUAUUUGCUGUGGUCGAUAACCGUAGAACCAAAAUUAUAACUGAAUUAAUUAAGCAAUACCAAGAUCUUUUAGAGUUUGUGUAUAUAUUUUGUUCAUAGGAUGUUUAAAUUAUUCCUUCAGGUAUGGUGUCAAGUUGCCAAGUACAAUGAAAAAGAUGUACUGCUUUUCAUAUUGAAUAAAAAAAUUAGAAAAGGAAAAUUUCUAAUUAUUAUCAUCUUUUUAGUAUUGUAUUUUUAAUGAGAAUCUGCAAACAAUAUAGGGUGUGCCGUGCAUUGUCAGCCCUGUAAUAUGGCAUUUAAUAGUGUAAGGUUACAACGACCCUUGUGCUCUGCAUUUCCUGUUUGAAGCGGAUUCUAGGCUGAUGAAAGCAGAGCUAAAGAAGGCUCUGCUUUUGCUUCAUAUCGUGGCUUAUUCAGUGUGACUUUGCAACUAGUCAGAUGGUUUAUUGUUUCAAUAAAAAUAUACUUGAAUGAUGAAUUUAUGUGAACACAAAGCUUUCUGAAAAAUUAAUGGCUUUCAAUUUGUUGUUUCCUUGAAAUCUGAAUUUUAAAAGUAUUUAAACAGAAUAGUACCAGAAAUCAAAUGCAGUAUCUCCCUCUUCCUUUUUAGAUAUUAAAUUACUUGGACACUUGUAUAACAAGUGUGUAUGUCUGAUAUGUGUAAUGUGUAUACAAUUAUGCAACAUAAAAAUAAAAGAAAAACUGAAUUGUAAUUCAUU